GCCAACAACAAACCCGAGCUGGAAGCAGCCAUGUUCCUGGACUGGAUGCGCCUGGAGCCCCAGUCCAUGGUCUGGUUACCCGUCCUGCACCGUGUGGCAGCUGCUGAAACCGCCAAGCACCAGGCCAAAUGCAACAUCUGUAAGGAGUGUCCCAUCAUCGGCUUCAGAUAUCGCAGUCUGAAACAUUUCAACUAUGACAUUUGCCAAAGCUGCUUCUUCUCUGGUCGUGUUGCCAAGGGCCACAAGAUGCAAUACCCCAUGGUUGAAUAUCCUGUCACUUUAAUCAACUUCUGGCCUGUAGACCAUGCGCCUGGAUCGUCUCCUCAGCUCUCACAUGACGACACUCACUCCCGGAUUGAGCACUACGCCAACCGGUUAGCUGAAAUGGAGAAUCGUAACGGCUCUUAUCUGAAUGACAAUAUCUCACCAAAUGAGAGCAUGAAGUUACAAGCAGAGUACGACCGUCUGAAAAAGGCCCAYGACAGGAAGGGUCUGUCCCCGUUGCCUUCGCCUCCAGAGAUGCUUCCGGUGUCGCCGCAGAGCGCACGAGACGCAGAGCUCAUCGCUGAGGCCAAACUCCUGCGGCAGCACAAAGGGCGUCUGGAGGCCCGCAUGCAGAUCCUGGAGGACCACAACAAACAGCUGGAGUCCCAACUGCACAGACUGAGGCAGCUGCUGGAGCAGGUGAUGAUGAGCUGUCCAGCCCGUCCCAAGAUGCAUCUGGUCUGGAGGAAGUGAUGGAACAGCUUAAUAACACUUUUCCUCACAGCCAAGGUCCCAGCGUCAGCAGUUUGUUCCACAUGGCCGAUGAUCUGGGCCGUGCCAUGGAGUCACUGGUCAGCGCCAUGACUGACGAGCAGAGCACCCAGCUGCAGCGGGCUCCACCUUUUUGACCCCGCCCAUCCCUCCGUCCAUCCCUCCAUCCAUCCGUCCCUCCAUCCAUCCAUCCAUCCCUCCGUCCAUCCAUCCCUCCAUCCCCCUCCCCUCCACCCGCUACAUAUCGCAUGUUUUUUCAAGUCAGAACAACUGGAUCGAAACUGUUUACACAGAGAAUAUAACGUCUAUUUUUGUGAAGGAUUGCAGUUCAAAUCAAAUAAAAAAAGAAAAAAGAAAUAUAUAUAUACUAAGAUGAA